UGCUUAUUGUUUAGGUCAAAUAAUUGUGUAUUGUUAGAGGUAGAAUAAUCUGUUUUGCAAACAGGAAUGUCACGGCAGUAUUGUACAUGUUAUUAAUGUCAACCGUCUGUACCAGCUCGUAAAAACAAAACUGAUUGACUCGUAAAAUGUCAAUAUACGCGAUAUCUACAGUGGCAAUGAGAACAAGUGAGUUUGAUUCUUCAGAUGAAGAAGAUUUUGGCGAGGAAGAAACCACACCUCUCCAGAUCUCAUGGUUGUCUCUGUCAAUGGUUGAGUGUUCCCAGUCUCUUGGUAUCUGUUCUUUACCAGGAUGCAGAUAUAAAGACAUCAGAAGAAACUUGCAGAAAGAUGUUGCUGAGAUAUGUAAUCAGGGUGUAGAAGACGUGUUUGUAUUCUGUACCAGAGGAGAGCUGGUGCGAUACAGAGUGCCCUGUCUACUAGAAGCUUAUUCCCAGCGUGGCCUCAGAGUGCACCACCUGCCCUUCCCAGACGGGGGCGCACCAGAGCUUUCUCAAUGCGUCUGCAUACUGGAGGAACUGCAGGACUGCCUGCAGAAUCAACGCAGGACUGUCAUACAUUGUUAUGGAGGCCUGGGACGAUCAGGAUUAAUUGCUGCAUGUUUGCUGCUGCAGCUCUCCGUCUCCAUGACGCCCGGUAAAGCAUUGGACAUCCUGCGGGAACUGAGAGGGGGCGGAGCCAUUCAGACAGUCAAGCAAUACAACUUCCUGCACGAGUUUCGAGAAAAGUUCGAGGCGUAUCAAGAAACCAAAGAGCCUCUUUCAGAGAGAUCACUGUCCAGAUGAUCCAUCCUAUCUCCAGGUGACGGGAAAGGCAGAAAACUGAUGGCUUUGCUCUAUGGAUUUUUUUUCUACUUUGAUCAUCAUCAUGAAUGCAUUUGUUAAUUUUCUGGUGGCACUUUAAAAAUUCUGUAUUUUUAUAACAUGAUCUAAUAUUAUUAAGCUUAAUAUAUAGCUUUGCAAAUAAAUGAGACCUGUUCACUUCAA